GGCGUUCAUGCCACAAUCUAUAAUCCAAAAUCUAAGAGAGAGAGACGAGAAAAAGAUGCGGAGGUCCAGGGAAGCAGGAGACGAAGGAGAUGAUGAUGAAUCCACUGGUCCGCAGCUUCCACAACUCUGCUCACCUAUGUUCAGUGACCCUGUCCAGCAAGCACCACGCCCUAGCAGCAGAUCAUCAACACCCUCCUUGUAUGCAACCCAGAAAACCACCACUACCCAUUGGACAAACUCUGAGAGUAAACAUCUCUGAUGAGCAAGAAGGAGGGUCAACCUCAUCGUUGGCCACCCACACACGCAGGCGGUUGCUGACCCAAGUGUCCUCUUUGGUGUUGUUGGCCUCUUUGGGCUCGUGUUCCGCAGGUAGUCUUCCGUUCAUCCCUCCAGCUCAAGCAGACGAGCUGCCACCAGAAAAGGAUUGUUCUGAUCCAAGUGAUGUAACACAGAAGGUCUACUUGGAGGUCUCCAUCGACGGCCGCCCUGCAGGCCGCGUCGUCAUAGGCCUGGAUGUCAAAAAUGCACCUGCGGGAACUGCCAGAUUCGUGGAACUGGUUUCCGGUAAGGCAGGAGUCAGUUACAGGAGGAAGGAGUUUCUGAGAAUUAUGCCCAAUUAUGUGCAAAACGCAGGGGUGAGGUCCUAUGGGAUCGACUCGGAGAUGGCAAGGAGAAGGAAGGGCGGAAUCGGGCUGGUUGCUGAUGAGCUUAUUGCAGAAUGGGCAGACACAAACAGGGAGAAGAGAAAUGGCUGUGGUGGGUUAGACACUGGUGGUGGUGGUGUUGUGGGUAUCAUAGUGCGGGAUCCAUACAAGCCUCCUCCCAAGUUGAAAGUGGUGGCUCGGAAGGGAAAGCUGGAAAUUGAUGAAGAACAAGAGAGAGAAGAUCCCAAUGGAACAGAGUUUGUCAUCACCACCAAGUCUGCGCCAGAAUUGGGACCCUCUACUUUGGUUGUGGGGAAGGUCUUGGAAGGCAUGGAAGUAGUUGAUGCAAUCUCUAGAGUUCCCACGGUCCAAGAUAACACAUCCUCCCCUUACUUCAGAGUAGCGAAAUUGAUUGGGGAUAAAAGAGCUGUUGUUGCUGAAAGAGGCUUCAAUCGCCCUUAUUCUAAGGUCGUCGUCACCAACUGUGGUAUGCUCAAUUGAUACAACAGCGAAAUUGGUUCAUUGUAUGGAGUAUCCAAAACUGUUGUCUGAGAGCGUGGAUGUAAAGCACCUAGAUUCUACUGGUGUUCUACUGUGCAAAUGAAAAAGUGACUUCUUCCAUAAA